AUGUGGAAGCCAAUAGAAUCUGAAGUCUCAACUCAUUCCACUGAAUAUCAACAUAACUACGGUGAACUAAAGAAAGUGGUUGAUGAUCUAAAAAAUUUAAUUGGAAAAAUAACCGAAGGUGGAGAUGAGGCAGCAAAAUCAAAGCAUAAAAAACGAAAAAAGCUGAUGCCGCGAGAAAGAAUUGAAGCUAUAUUGGACCCUGGAUCGGCUUUCCUGGAAUUCUCGCAACUUGCCGGUUACCAGCUGUAUGAUGAGGUAGUACCAGCCGGUGGUAUCAUUACGGGCAUUGGUUUGGUAGCUGGAAGACUAUGUAUUUUUACUGCCAAUGAUGCUACCGUAAAAGGUGGUACAUAUUAUCCUAUAACUGUUAAAAAACAUCUUCGAGCACAGGAAAUUGCCAUGGAGAACUUUUUACCGUGCAUUUAUCUGGUAGAUUCUGGAGGUGCAAAUUUACCAAGACAAGCUGAAAUAUUUCCGGAUCGUGAACACUUUGGUAGAAUAUUUUACAAUCAAGCAAAUAUGUCUGCUAAAGGUAUAGCGCAAAUUGCUGUCGUUUUGGGCUCAUGUACUGCUGGUGGCGCUUAUGUUCCCUCAAUGGCUGAUCAGUCAAUUAUUGUUCGUAAAAACGGAACUGUUUUCCUUGGUGGACCACCACUCGUCAAAGCAGCUACUGGAGAAGAAACAACAGCCGAAGAACUCGGUGGGGCUGAUCUUCAUUGCUGCAAAUCUGGUGUAACCGAUUACUACGCAUUAAAUGAAGAAGAUGCACUACAACGGACUCGAGCCAUUGUCGCCGGAUUGGGACCAUACAACGAACUAAAUCAACGGGAUAGUAUCACUUUUGAAGAACCGUUAUAUCCCGCUGAAGAGCUGUACGGUAUUGUCGGGACAAAUCUUAUGAAACUUUUUAACAUUCGAGAAGUUAUUGCACGUAUCGUUGAUGGUUCUCGAUUUGAUGAAUUCAAACAACGUUACGGUGAAACACUUGUUACUGGAUUUGCAACAAUCUAUGGUAAAUUAGUGGGCAUAUUGGGUAACAAUGGUGUACUGUUCUCGGAAUCCGCUUUAAAAGGAGCACAUUUUAUUCAGCUUUGCUGCCAACGUAAAAUACCAAUAAUAUUCUUGCAAAAUAUUACUGGUUUUAUGGUUGGUCGUCAUGCUGAAGCUGGUGGUAUAGCGAAAAAUGGAGCAAAACUAGUUACAGCUGUCUCUUGUGCUCAGGUCCCAAAGAUCACAGUAAUUGUUGGAGGCUCAUACGGUGCAGGAAAUUAUGGAAUGUGUGGUCGCGCCUACGCGCCAAGAUUCUUGUAUAUGUGGCCGAAUGCAAGAAUAUCAGUAAUGGGUAGUGAACAAGCAGCAAAUGUAUUGGCACAAGUGCAAAAAGAUAAGCGUUUGAAAGAGGGUAAAGAUUGGACCGAAGAAGAAGAGCAGCGAUUGAGAGAACCAAUAUUGGAAAGAUUCGGGAAAGAGUCUCAUGCGUAUUACGCUUCAGCUCGUUUGUGGGACGACGGAAUCAUAGAUCCGGUUGAUACGAGACGUGUACUUGCUCUUUCAUUACAAGCCGCUCUCAAUGCACCAUGUCCCGAAACCAAAUAUGGUGUAUUUAGGAUGUAA